CAGGAUCUUCCCUGAAAAACCCAUGUGGAUGUCGAAACAUAGAGAGCUGCCUUGCACCAAAUCGGUCCAUUUAGCUCAGCAUUGUCUGACUGCCAGCAGCUCUCCAAGGUUUCGGGAGGAGUUUUUCCUUGCCCUACCUGGAGAUGCGGCCAGGAAUUGAACCUGGGACCUUCUGCGUACAAGGCAGAUACUUUACUAUGGAUCUCCGAUUCCAUUUGCCAUGUGUGCUUUUGCCAGUGUGCUAUAGCGAAUAGACUUGGAACUGGAAGAUGUGGAUUCAUCACCGGCUCAGCCAUGAUUCAUGAAGCUCACUGGCUGGCCAUUUGCCAGUCCUUGUGUAAAACUCUCAUAGGAUGGUUGUGAGAAUAACAUGGUAAUGACUUCAUGAGCUCCUUGGAGGAAGGACCAAUGUGAUAAAUGAUGUUCAUUUAUGUUGGAAUAUGCUUUUCUUUGAGGGCACAGAGAGAAGAAAACGAGAAGCAAAAUUAAGGGGAUAUCCUCUACAUUUUCCGUCCCUCAGGCAUCCAAUUUAAACCACUUGCCCAUCUGAGCAAUGUUGCCACCUGCAAUUCGGAGCUGGUGAUCCAGAUGACCUUUGACCUGUCUCUUGCAGAUGUUUGUACGAGCCCAAUUUGACUAUGACCCCAAGAAGGACAGUCUCAUCCCCUGCAAGGAAGCUGGGCUGAAGUUCCAAACAGGAGAUGUCAUUGAAAUCAUCAACAAAGAUGACAGCAACUGGUGGCAAGGCCGGGUGGAAAGCUCUGCAAGCGGAUCAGCAGGCCUCAUCCCCUCCCUGGAGCUGCAAGAAUGGCGUGUUGCAAGCAUGACCCAGAACAACCCCAGCCAAGCCCAGAGCUGCAGCCCUUUCGCGAAGAAGAAGAAAUGCAAAGACAAGUACUUGGCGAAGCACAGCUCCAUUUUUGAUCAGCUGGACGUGGUGUCUUAUGAGGAAGUGGUGAGGCUGCCGGCCUUCAAGCGGAAGACUCUGGUGCUUAUAGGGGCCAGUGGUGUCGGCCGAAGCCACAUUAAGAACACCUUGCUCAGCAAGAACCCCGAGAAGUUUGGAUAUCCUGUUCCUUACACCACCCGGCCCCAGAAGAAGAGUGAGGUGGAUGGGAAGGACUACCAUUUUGUCUCCACAGAGGAGAUGAUGAGAGGCAUCGCUGCCAACGAGUUCCUAGAGUUUGGGAGUUACCAGGGUAACAUGUUUGGCACUAAAUUCGAGACCGUGCACAAGAUUCACCAGCAGGACAAAAUUGCCAUCCUGGACAUUGAGCCACAGACGCUGAAGAUAAUCCACACAGCCGAGUUUUCCCCUUUCAUUGUGUUCAUUGCUCCCGCAGAGAAGGCUGACCAGAAAGAAACCAAGGGAACGGUCUCCUUAAAGGUCAUUCCCAACCAGCAGAGCCGCAUGUCUGCCCUCCAGAUGUUUGUACGAGCCCAAUUUGACUAUGACCCCAAGAAGGACAGUCUCAUCCCCUGCAAGGAAGCUGGGCUGAAGUUCCAAACAGGAGAUGUCAUUGAAAUCAUCAACAAAGAUGACAGCAACUGGUGGCAAGGCCGGGUGGAAAGCUCUGCAAGCGGAUCAGCAGGCCUCAUCCCCUCCCUGGAGCUGCAAGAAUGGCGUGUUGCAAGCAUGACCCAGAACAACCCCAGCCAAGCCCAGAGCUGCAGCCCUUUCGCGAAGAAGAAGAAAUGCAAAGACAAGUACUUGGCGAAGCACAGCUCCAUUUUUGAUCAGCUGGACGUGGUGUCUUAUGAGGAAGUGGUGAGGCUGCCGGCCUUCAAGCGGAAGACUCUGGUGCUUAUAGAGAGAGAGGAGGAAAUGCAUCCCGAGCCUGACUUCCUCCAACAUAUGUCAGACACCGGCCGAAGCCACAUUAAGAACACCUUGCUCAGCAAGAACCCCGAGAAGUUUGGAUAUCCUGUUCCUUACACCACCCGGCCCCAGAAGAAGAGUGAGGUGGAUGGGAAGGACUACCAUUUUGUCUCCACAGAGGAGAUGAUGAGAGGCAUCGCUGCCAACGAGUUCCUAGAGUUUGGGAGUUACCAGGGUAACAUGUUUGGCACUAAAUUCGAGACCGUGCACAAGAUUCACCAGCAGGACAAAAUUGCCAUCCUGGACAUUGAGCCACAGACGCUGAAGAUAAUCCACACAGCUGAGUUUUCCCCUUUCAUUGUGUUCAUUGCUCCCGCAGAGAAGGCUGACCAGUCAGAAGCUUUACAGCAGCUCCGGAAAGACUCUGCAGCAAUCCAGAGCAGAUAUGCCCACUACUCUGACUUGUUGCUGGUGAACAAUGGUGUGGAUGAGACCCUCGAGCAACUCCAGGAGGCUUUUGAGCAUGCGUGCAGCAGCAGCUCUGCCCAGUGGGUCCCGAUUUCCUGGGUGUACUGAGCUGGCCUGGUGAGGGUGGUAGUAGCCCCCAGCCCAUCUCCCCAAAACAGCAUGUCAAGGGCAAGACCAUUUCCCUGCCCUAUGCUUUGUUCUGUGCACAAUCCCUUUCUCCCUUCCCCAGGACAGACACUGCUCUGUUGCUGCCGGGGUGAGAGACCCAUUCUUCCCACUGCAAAGUCUGAGGGCAUCUGUUUGUGGCUUGCAUUUAUUGCCAGGUAGCCCACAUCCCUCCAGAUUUGGGGGCAGUGAGAAGGCAAGCAAGGAGGAUGGCCACUCCUAAUCCCCCAAACCAUAAAGAUAUCUCCAGAAGUGAGCACCUUCUGGUGUGCAAAGCCAUAAGCUGUGAAUAUUAUGAAGAAUAGGACUGUUCUGAAAUGGAACUGUUUAUCAUGUUCAGGUUUAUUUGAUUUACAGACAAAGGGAAAGUUUGGGGAAGCUUUUCCCAUUGCUUGUAAAGCAGUCUCUUUGCUCUUCCAGACACAGUACAAAGUGUGUUUUUUGUAUCUCUGUUCUAAGUUAAGCCAACAAAGUAUCACCCUCUAUUGCAAGGCUGCACAACUGUGGCCCUCCUGCUGUUUUUGGACUACAACUCCCCUCAUCCCUCAGGCCCAGGCCAGUGUUCUAUGUAACGGCAUCCCAGACAUUGACUGCAACUCCCAGCAUCCCCAGCCAAAGGCCAUUGCAGCUGGGGUUGAAGUCCAACAUGGGCAGGAGGACUAAAGUUGUGCAGCCCUGCUCUACUUCAAGUUACCUAAAUAGCAGAGUUUGUGCUAGGAGGUGCCUGGUUCCUUUGAUAGUGGCAAGAAUUUCAAGUUUUGGCUCCAAGAUAGAAGAGGCGACAACUGUGAAGGUCAUGCUCUUAGGAGCCAGAACAGAAGCAAUCAAGUUUGACCCCAGGGCAGACAAUGCAGGGAUGAAGUGACCCAUAAUUGGGAUCUCAGAGCUUGAGCCUUCAGUCUGUGCAUGCUGUAUCCUGUAGAGAGAGGUUCCUGGCAUAUUCUUACAAGCUAGAGUGGCUUUUUGUUAGAUGCAAGGAGACUGCCGCAUCUUUGCCUUUACCAAAAAUCCACACAUGGGGUGGUAUCCUUUCCUCCAUCUGCAAACUGUCCACUUCUCCCACAAGGUAGCUCUGUGUAACUGUCAGAGGGUGGAGGGAGAGUGUUAUUUUUGUGGAUGCCAAAAAGCAGCAGUGCAAAAGGGACCCACCAUCGAGUCCAUUACAGGGAAAACAAGCAGCAAUAAAGUCUGUUGAAAUAGUG